UAUAUAUGAUCUACAAGUAUAAAAAAUAGUUUAAACUUGGCGUUUACUAUUCUUAAUUUUAACUAGAAAUGUCUUAUCUUUGAGCAUCCUUUUAAGAUUAAUUAAAUACAUUACUUUAUUCGUAUUUUCAUAUAGCUGUAAAAUAUUCCUGUCGUAAACUAGAGUGAAUACAGAACUACAGCAAUGAGUACUAAAUUUCUGAUAAUACUUAUUUUAGGUGUUUUUAAGGCAUCUGCUAUACAAGAAGAAUAUUUGCAAUGGGUAGACGUCACGGACGAUUUUCCAGCUACGGCCGUUAAAGGAGGACUUAAUUCAGAAGGACAAACAACUUACAUUGGCCGAGUCUAUCAUACAACAGCAGAUGCUGAAGGAUAUGUACCUGGAACAAUUACUAAUACUUCAAACUCAAUAGAUGUUAUACUUUUUAAUCAGUGUUUUACAGUUACUAAUAAGAUUCAGGUAUUAACCACUGUGGGUGAUGAUACAAAAGUCGAUUGGAUUUCAAGUACGAGUGAAGAUUUCACUAGUCUUUUCGAUUCCGACCUGUACUUUCCAGUCAGAGGCGGUUGGGAGCAAGCCUUGGGAUUUAACUCUACUACGUAUAUAGGAAAAACAAAAUUUAAUACUUUGCAAGAAGUGGGAAAGAUUUUUAACUCUGCGAAUAUCGAUAUAGCACGUAAUCAUAUAUUGUACUUCCCUAUCGAAGAUAGAGUAACAUACACCAGUACUUAUUCAGUUUUAGUAUAUUACUUCAAAUCGGAAUAAUAAUAUAAAAUAAGAGACUAAUAAAUUUAGAAGCUAAACGA